AUCCCUUUGAUUUAUUUCCGUGAGGAGCCAAAAUAUACUGCCAUAAAUGACAUAUUCUCGUUAUAAAACAAACAUAGUGAUAUGUCUUUAGUAUAGAGAGUAGCAUAACUCUGUGCUAUAUUCCGUAAUACCUUUUCCCCUUUUUCUAACCAAACAUUAUGGGUCUUAAUAUACUUUUGCCAUACAUUUUCAUAUUCUCUCUUCUUUCUUCCUUUCUGUCGUCAUUUGGUUGCUCUAAUGGCAGUGAAUGCAAGGAAGUCAAUUUGUGUGGGAAAUGUGAACAAGGUUUCCACUGCUUCGAUUGUUUAGCAGGAUUUACCGGAUCAAGAUGUAUAAGAAGUACCACCACUGAUCAAUUCAAACUCCUGAACAACUCUCUACCUUUCAACAAAUACGCAUUCUUGACAACACAUAACGCUUUUGCUAUCAAUGGAGAACAUUCUCGUACAAAAGUUCCUAGAAUUACAUUUUCGAAUCAAGAAGACAGCAUCACUCAACAGCUUCAAAAUGGAGUUCGAGCUUUGAUGCUUGAUACAUAUGACUUCGAAGGAGAUGUAUGGUUGUGCCAUUCCUUUGGAGGAAAAUGCUUUGAUUAUACUGCUUUCGAACCAGCAAUUGAUACAUUGAGGGAGAUCGAAGCAUUCUUGUCUUCAAACCCAACAGAGAUUGUUACCUUGAUAUUGGAGGACUAUGUGAAGGCAGCCAAAGGGUUAACCGAGGUAUUUACUAAGGCAGGGUUAAUGAAAUACUGGUUCCCAAUUUCAAGGAUGCCUAAACAAGGCCAAGAUUGGCCUUUAGUUAGUGAUAUGGUAGCCAAAAACCAAAGGCUAAUUGUCUUUACUUCUAUGAGAUCUAAGGAACAAAGUGAAGGCAUUGCGUAUCAAUGGAAUUACAUGGUCGAAAAUCAAUAUGGAGAUGGGGGAAUGAAAGCAGGAAAUUGCACAAACAGGGCAGAAUCAUCAGCUCUGAGUGUUACAAAAUCCCUUGUUCUAGUAAACUAUUUUAGGUCAGUACCCUUGAAGGACCUUUCUUGUGUAGACAAUUCGGCAAAUUUGAUGAAGAUGCUUCGUACAUGCCAUACUGCUGCUGGAAAUAGAUGGGCUAAUUUCGUUGCUGUUGAUUAUUACAAGAGAAGCGAGGGAGGAGGUGCAUUUGAAGCUCUAGACAUGCUAAAUGGACAGCUGCUUUGUGGGUAUGAUAACGUAUAUGCUUGUAAGCGUGGAUAAGGACUUCAUAUUGCUAUGUGGUUAAUUGGUCUGGGCUACCUAAAAAGGAGGAAGAUAAUUCGUCUUAUAAGCGCCAAACAAGGUUUCAUAUUGUAAUAGGAUCGGAGUGAUUCCUCAAGUUGAUAAAGUGAUUAUUUUUUCACUUCUUAUCCAACAUGGUUACAUAUGUACAACAAAGAAAUUUUAAAAACUAAA